UCCGAGCAUUUGCAUCUUUGCCUCUCGAAGCCGGUUGUCCAUCAGCAUGUAUGUCCUGCUAAUCCACGAAACAUUAUUUUACACUAACCUAAACUGAUGCCUUGUCCAGCGAUCUUGUCAUUUCGUGUCUGGACUCAUUAAUUGGUUUCUGCCUAGCUUUGCCAAUGGACAUUAGUUGCUUUCACUUCCCAUUUCUUGACCCGAGAAUCAUCUGGCCCUUCAUAUAAGAUCACAGAGGGAAACGGCAACUAAAAAGCAUCGAUCAGUGUAGCCUCCGGCUGUAUAAGUCCCGCGUCUCUGCUUUCAACUUGCAUAGAUCCUUCAGCCAACAUCUUUGGAAGCUCUCUAGUACCUUUCUCUGAUUUACCGUCAAAACAUCCGCACGAAAUUCCAAUCAUCUUCACGACACUUGCCUUCUCGCCUUUGUUCUUACAGCUUCUGCUCAGAAAUGGCUACAGGUCUAAGUCAUGGAACGUGCUGAAUCGAGCUUCGACGACCGAAGGUGGUCGCUGAAAGGCAAGACCGCUUUGGUCACCGGUGGAACCAGAGGGAUUGGGUACGCGAUCGUAGAGGAGCUUGCGGGGCUCGGCGCGAGUGUUCACACGUGUUCUCGCAACGAGAAAGAGCUCAACGAGCGAGUGGAAGAGUGGCGGGGUAAAGGGUUUCGAGUGAGCGGUUCGGUUUGUGACCUCACUUGCAGUACCCAAAGGGAAGAGCUGAUCAAGAUUGUCUCCUCUGUUUUUGACGGCAAACUCAACAUUCUGGUGAACAAUGCGGCGACAGCUGUUCUUAAGGGGGCACUAGAUUACACACCCGAGGACUGCUCUUACAUAUUGAAAGCCAACCUCGAGUCCCCUUACCAUCUGUGCCAACUCGUGCAUCCACUCCUGAAAGCUUCAGGAGUUGGCCACAUUGUGUUUCUUUCCUCAAUUGCUGGUGUAGUAGCUCUGCCUGCACUCUCGAUUUACUCUGCUUCCAAAGGAGCUAUCAAUCAGCUUACCAAGAACUUGGCAUGUGAAUGGGCCAAAGACAAUAUUCGGAUCAACGCCGUCGCUCCGUGGGGCGUGAAAACCACCAUAGCGAAACCUGAAGCGGAAAUCAAAGAGGAGUUCAUCAAGCUGCUUGCACGAACGCCUCUCCGUCGGUUGGGAGAGCCUAACGAGAUCUCGUCCGUGGUCGCGUUUCUUUGCCUUCCUGCGGCUUCAUAUGUCACGGGGCAGGUCAUUAGUGUGGAUGGUGGUUAUACAGUGGCCUACUAAGCCAAAGUCACACAAUCUUCUCCUUUCCUAAGUUAACUAUCUCUCAAGUCAAUGAACUCUAUUUUGUAGCUGAAAACUAUGGAUGGCCGUGAUGCGGUUGAACAAACCCUCAAGAUUAUAGUCGAUGAAUUGUUCAACUUCCUUUUAGGUGUCAGUCGGAGACUUCCCGUCUUAUUGAUUGCCAAAAUUAUCUGAACUUUCACACGUUGUUUAUGGCGGAAGAAGUUCAGAUACCGUGUUGGUCUCCGGCGAACAUGGCUUCGCCUCGUGAAUCUUUCCAAUAAAGUUCGAUGAUUUUGCAAAUC